CAAUUUGAGAAAGAAAAUCGGACUUCAGAUCCUAAUUAUGACAUCCAUAAACGAAGGCAUGAAUUUUUAAGAGAAAAGCUUGCAAAUGCAGUCAGUGAAUAUCAAGAUGUUGCAAACGCUUAUAUUCAUCAACAGGAAGACCGAAUGGCUCGACAAUAUAAAAUUGUAAACCCGAAUGCAACAAAACAAGAAGUUAAUAAUUAUUUAUCAAAUCCAACACAACCUGUUUUUCAACAAGCUAUUUUACGUACUGGAGAGGCGCAUUCAGUAUUGGACCAAGUAAAAAAACGACAUGAAGACAUAAAAAAUGUCGAAAAAAACAUUGAAGAACUUGCCGUUCUAUUAAAAGAAUUACGACUUCAAACUGAAGAACAAGACAAAAGUAUCGACCGAAUUGAAGAGAAUACAGAAAAAACCGUAAACAAAUUGGAAAAAGGAGGAGAAAAUUUGAGUGCGGCACAUUUGAAUGCAAUGUCAGCCAGAAGAAAAAAAUGGAUUUGUCUUGGAAUACUUCUUGUUGUUGCAGCUAUUCUCAUUAUCGUUAUUAUUGUUAAAAUUCCGAAGUCGAACUCAAAUUCCCAAUCAAGCACAGUAAUUUAUACCACUAUCACAACUUCUCCUGAACCAACAUCCAUCUCAGCAAUAUAA